GCCCCGAUGGGGGGACUCGGAGGCUGCGGGGCAGCUGGCGAGGGGCGCUUCUCCGCUCGUGACGAGUGACGCAGGGGCAGUGGCCCAUCUAGAGCCCGUCUUCCUGCGCGAUUCCCGCGGCUCCCUGUAGGAGGCGAUUGAAGAGUUGGGAAGAAGUGAUUUCAGAGCCUCUUCUGAUUUCCAGAGGCAGCCUGUGACAGGAACAACCGUAAGCCAAGCUGACCGGGGAAGACUCUCGCUUUCCCCAAGAGACCAAAAUGGCGUCUCAGUGGAUGGUCACCAUGUUGGGGUUGAUGAGUUGGUGUUUGGCGACAGCAGGUCCCGUGCCUUGGACAGAAUGCGUGCUGUCCCCUGUCAACUCCUCACACCCUGUCCAAGCCCUGUUGGAGAGUUUCACUGUCCUGUCUGGCUGUGCAAGCCGCGGCACAACCAGCCUGCCUCAGGAGGUCCAUGUCCUGAAUCUUCGGAAUCCCGAUGAAGGACCUGGCCAGCCUGAGAGAGAGAUCACCCUGCACUUGAAACCCAUCUCAUCAGUGCACAUUCAUCAGAAAUCUAUUGUGUUCCUGCUCAACUCCCCUCAGCCCUUGAUCUGGAAGUUAAAGACUGAGAGGCUUGCUCCUGGUGUCCCCAGACUUUUCUUUGUGACAAGUUUGCUAAAAAUGACUCCGAGGAGCAAGUGCCUGUCAGUGGGGAGAGGAGAGCUGAGUUUCAGCGUUUUGCAGGGUAGUAAAUGCCGGUCUCUAUUAUUAAAGCGUGAUGGAGGGCAAAAUGAUGGAGAAGCAGAAUGGCAGGCUCACGUUUCAGAGCAGGUGUCAGAAGGUUCUGUGGUCGAGUUUCCGGAAGGAAACUUCUCUCUAUCAGCAAAAACAGAGGAAAGAAGCUUUCCCCAUGGAAAUGUUCACUUGUUGCAGUGGGCCCAGAAGGAAUAUGGUGCAGUCACCUCUUUCACAGAACUCAAGAUAUCGAAGAAUGUUUAUAUCAAAGUGGGUGAAGAUCAAGUUUUUCCUCCCACUUGCCACAUUGAGAAGAAUUUUCUGUCCCUCAAUUAUCUUGCGGGAUAUCUUCAGCCAAAGAUGGCAGAGGGAUGUAUAAUGUCCAGCCUGCCUCACGGCCAGGAAGUACACAUCAUAGAAUUAAUUACACCCAACUCAAAUCCCUACAGUUCUUUCCAGGUGGACAUUGUGAUUGACAUUAGACCAUUUCGAAAGGAACCUGAGGUGGUCAAACAUCUUGUCCUGAUCUUAAAAUGCAAGAAGUCUGUCAAUUGGGUGAUCAAAUCCUACGAUGUCCAGGGGAGCCUUAAAGUGAUUGCCCCAAAUAGCAUCGGCUUUGGGAAAGAAAGUGAGAGAUCCAUGGUUAUGACAAAAUCCAUUAGAAAUGACAUUCCUUCAACUCAAGAAAAUUUGGUCAAGUGGGCCUUCGAUAAUGGCUACAGUCCAGUGACGUCCUACACGAUGGCUCCGGUGGCUAACCGAUUUCAUCUUUGGCUUGAGAAUAAUGAAGAGAUGAGUGACGAGGAAGAACAUUCCACUCCUCCUGAGCUUCAGAUACUCCUAGGAGGAAGCCCUCUGCCUUCCCCAGAGAACCCUUCAUUCCCAGGGGGAAGUUUUCCUUUUCCAUUCCCUCCCAUCAACAGGAAAGGGAGACACGAGGAGAAGGGAGAGGAUGGCUUCCCUCGGCCAAAGAAGCCUCUCCACCCCACCCUCCAGCUGUUUCCCAGCCUCAGGGAGCCCCAAGAAGCACAAAGACAUGUGGACAUUGCCUUCUCUGUCUCCUGUGAUGGUGAAAAGAUGCUUGUGGCUAUUGAAAAGGAUUCUCUGCAGGCUAACGGCUACACGGGGACAGAACUGUCCCUGUCGGAUCCGACCUGCAAGGCCAAGAUGAAUGGAAGUCAUUUCAUUUUGGAAUCAUCCCUGAAAGGCUGUGGUACGCAGCAACGACUGUCUGCCCCUGACAGCGUGGUUUAUUAUAACUCGAUUAUAAUGCAGGUAUCGGCCCCCGGGGAUAGCAGCGGCUGGCCCACUGACUACGAAGACCUAGAGUCAGGCAAUAAUGGCUUUCCAGGAGAUGUAGAUGAAGGAGAUAGUUUCUUCAUAAGCAGGCCUGAAAUUAUCGUGUUUAAUUGCAGCCUGAGACACACUGGUACUCCAGAUGUAUCCCAUCAGCCCCAGGUCCAGAACAUCACCUUCAACAUGGAGCUGUAUGAUACAGACCUCUUCCUGGUGCCCGUCUCAGGCAUCUUAGCAGUGGCAGAAAAUGGGCACAUUUAUGUUGAGGUCUCUGUUACCAAGGCCGACCAAGACGUGGGAUUUGCCAUCCAAACGUGCUUUAUCUCUCCGUACUCCAAUUCUGACAGGAUGUCUGAUUACGCUAUCAUAGAGAACAUUUGUCCUAAAGAUGAAUCUGUGAGAUUCUAUUCGCCCCAGAAGGCACAUUUCUCUCGACUCCACACACAGAUGGACAAAAAGAGAUUUAGCUUCAUGCUCAAACCUGUUUUUAACACUUCACUGCUUUUCCUACAAUGUGAACUCACCUUGUGCACAAAGAAAGAAGAAGAAACGCACAGAUUGCCAAAGUGCAUACCUCCUGAUGAAGCCUGUACCUCUUUGGAUGCGAACAUGAUCUGGGCCAUGAUGCAGAAUAAAAAAACGUUCACCAAACCCCUGGUUGUCAUCUAUGGGGAUAAAAACGAAGAACCAACUAUUGCCAAUCCAGUCGGGAAAUCGCCACCAAUUUUGCCAGGCCUGGACACGCUGACCGUCAUGGGCAUCGCCUUUGCAGCUUUUGUGAUAGGAGCACUCCUGAUGGGCGCCUUGUGGUACAUCUACUCUCAUACGGGAGAGACAGCAGGAAGGCAGCAAGUCCCUACUUCCCCUCCUGCCUCUGAAAACAGCAGCGCUGCCCACAGCAUUGGCAGCACCCAGAGCACGCCCUGUUCCAGCAGCACGACCUAACACCGUGGGCCAGCGGGAAAGCCAGAGAGCCUCACCAAGGAGGGCAGCAGUUCCGAGGGAUUGUCCAUUCACUGAGGCUUGGUCCCCAAACCUGAAAGGUUGAAUUUGGUUCCCUUUGGAAAGAGAGAAGAGAUUUUAAUGUUAAAAAUCACCAGAUUUAUUGGUCCCCAUCCUCCUCCACCUUGGUCAUCUUGGUCUUUGGACCUUCCCUGACAUGUCAGGGUACAUGUUAAAAAAAAAUAAAAAAAAAACUCCUUGUCCC